AUGGUAUUCAAAUUGUACUUCUUGGAGUUUCUUACCUGCCUUUUGUUCCUGGACUCCGUGAGAGCCGCGUCGAGCGGCGGUCAGGGAGAUGCGGAUGCUUCCCCCUACUCUCACUCUUGUAGCUACUGGCUUGAAGAUAUCAAACACCAAGGCAUUGCAGCCUUCAAUCUAAACCCCCGUGAAUUUCACGUCUUUCGCAAUGUCAAGGACUUCGGUGCCAAGGGAGACGGCUCUACAGAUGAUACAGCCGCCAUCAAUGCUGCCAUCAGCAGUGGUAAUACUUGUGCCCCUGACUCAUGUUUGUCGACCACUAAAGCCCAGGCAUUAGUAUACUUCCCAGCGGGCACCUACAUGGUAAACUCUACUAUUAUUCAGAACUAUGGGGUCUCUCUACAUGGAAACCCCAACUGUUUACCAGUCAUCAAGGCACUCCCCGCUUUCCAAAAUGCACCGGGGGCAAUAGGAUUGAUUGAUGGUAACCCAUCAUCUGCUGCGAUGGCCGCAAACAUAUUUUUCAGACAGCUCCGGAAUCUUGUCAUUGAUACAACCUUGGUACCUCCAAGUGUCAACGUUACGGGGAUCAGCUGGCCAUCAGCACAAGCAACUAGUCUUCAUAACAUAGUCGUCAACAUGCCUACCAUUGAGGGAGUCCAGCACAUCGGGCUGAUGGGAGGUGGAGGGGAGGUGUUUUACAGCGACCUCGUCUUCAAUGGCGGUCAUGAUGGAUUUAAAAUCCCUAGUGGCCAAGCGAAUCUUCGCAAUGUCACCUUCAACGGCUGUGUCACCGGACUCAAUCUCCAGACCUCUACCACGGUUACGGCUCAGGGAGUUGCCUUCAAUGGUUGCUCCACAGCCAUUCAAACGUUCAUUGCCACCGGAGCAGUCUCUUUGAUUGACAGCUCUCUCAAGAAUGUUCAGAUCGGCAUUGCUUCAGACCGUGGGGAUCCUCUCUUCCAGUCGUCAGCUGCGGGAAGUUUAAUUCUCGAGAACGUAGAGUAUCAAAAUGUGACCAUCCUAGUACAGCUAGUCGGUAAAGGCGCAGUGCUCGCAGGCGGGACUGGCACGAUCUUGGGAUGGGGACAAGGUAACAAGCUACAGGAUAACAUCGCCUCCAACUUCUCAGGAUCGUUAAGUCCAAUGAAGCGACCAAGUGGGCUCCUCCAGCCUGGAUCUCAGAAAUGGUACUCCCAGGCCAAACCUGGAUAUGAAAGUCUUGCCGUCAAAUCAUUCAUCAGCGCUCGGUCUGCUGGUGCAAGGGGGGAUGGACUAACGGAUGAUACGGCGGCUCUUCAAGCAGCCAUUUUCUCCUCUGCUGCACAGUCGAAGGUUCUCUUUCUCGACCACGGAAGCUACAAGGUUACGAAAACACUGUACAUCCCCGGUAACACGAAGAUCGUUGGCGAGGCCUUCCCAAACAUCUUUGCUGCCGGGGAAUACUUCAAGUUUCUUGAUCACCCACAGCCUCUGCUUCAAGUUGGCCAACCCGGUGAGCGCGGAGCAACAGAACUUGUCGAUUUUGUCCUAGGUACCCAAGGUGGCACUGCUGGUGCAAUUCUCAUCCAGCACAAUCUCGCCUCUUCCACUUCAGGAGUGGGUGGCUACUGGGACGUACAUACUCGCGUCGGUGGCUGGGAAGGCUCAGAGCUGCAGGUUACACAGUGCCCCACGACGCCAGGAGUGAAGAAGCCGCCCGUUGAUGCCAACUGCGUGGCCGCAUUCAUGUCGAUGCACAUUACCAAGAGCGCUACUGGAGCCUACCUGGAAAACUGCUGGCACUGGGCUGCAGACCACGACAUCGACGAUCGUAAUCUCACCCAGGUUCAGAUCUUUACUGGAAGAGGCAUACUGGUCGAGAGUGUGGCUGGGAACAACUGGCUCAUCAACACACCUUCAGAGCACCACUCCAAAUACCAGUACAAUUUCGCCAACACCAAGAAUAUCUUCAUGUCAAUGGCACAGUCAGAAGAGCCCUACUACCAGCCAAAUCCAAUCGCCUCUUAUCCUUACCCCUAUAAGAAGCAAUUGAGUGACCCUUUCUUUUCUGGGCCUCUUAACGGCACCAAUGGUGCUUCUCGGCAAGUCGCUUGGGCGCAAAUCAUGACCAACUCACACGACAUUGUAGUGUAUGGGUCUUCUUAUUUUACAUAUUUUCACAAUUGGAACAGUGACUGUACAACUUCUUCAACAUGCGCCGAGGUUUUAUUUAACAUCGACACCAAUUGUACUGGCAUUACAGUCUAUGGCUUUACAAUUGACGCAACCCAAUACCUGGUCAAUGGUGGAGGUGUCAAUCUGGCACCCUCUGCCAAAAAUUUACUGUUUGCCUCCUUUAGUCAAAUUGCUUUCUUUAAACAAGAAUAA